UCGCGGACCGCCGGGCCGCGCGAAGAUGGCGCAGGAGGCCGGCGACAUGGAAGAUGGGCAGCUUUCCGACUCGGAUUCCGACAUGACGGUGGCACCCAGCGACAGGCCGCUGCAGGUGCCGAAAGCAUUAGGUGGGGACUGUGCAGUGAGGCCCUUCCAGGGUACUGCAACAGUGUGUGCUCCAGUAUCACAUUAUCGGACUGUUAAGAGCGUGGAUUCAAGUGAAGAGAGUUUUUCGGAUUCAGAUGAUGAUAGCUCUCUCUGGAAACGCAAACGACAGAAAUGUUUUAACACUCCUCCCAAACCAGAGCCUUUUCAGUUUGGCCAGAGCAGCCAGAAAUCGUCUAGUGCUGGUGGGAAGAAGGUUAACAACAUAUGGGGUGCUGUGCUGCAGGAACAGAAUCAAGAUGCAGUGGCCACUGAACUUGGUAUCUUGGGAAUGGAGGGCACUAUUGAUAGAAGCAGACAAUCCGAGACCUACAAUUACUUGCUUGCUAAGAAACUUAAGAGGGAAUCUCAAGAACAUACAAAAGAAUUAGACAAAGAGCUAGAUGAAUAUAUGCAUGAUGGCAAAAAAUUGGAAUCAAAGGAGGAGGAAAAUGGGCAAGGUCAUCUCAAAAGGAAACGACCUGUCAAAGACAGACUAGGAGACAGACUAGAAAUGAACUAUAAAGGCCGAUAUGAGAUCACAGAGGACGAUUCUCAAGAGAAAGUGGCUGAUGAAAUUUCUUUCAGGUUACAGGAACCAAAGAAAGAUUUGAUAGCCCGAGUAGUGAGGAUAAUUGGGAACAAAAAGGCAAUUGAGCUUCUGAUGGAAACUGCUGAAGUUGAACAAAAUGGUGGCCUUUUUAUAAUGAAUGGUAGUCGAAGAAGAACACCAGGUGGAGUUUUCUUGAAUCUUCUGAAAAACACUCCUAGUAUCAGUGAGGAACAAAUUAAGGACAUUUUCUACAUUGAAAAUCAAAAGGAAUAUGAAAAUAAAAAGGCUGCUAGGAAGAGAAGAACACAGGUGUUGGGAAAAAAGAUGAAACAAGCUAUUAAAAGCCUAAAUUUUCAAGAAGAUGAUGAUACAUCACGAGAGACUUUUGCAAGUGACACAAAUGAGGCCCUGGCCUCUCUUGAUGAAUCACAGGAAGGACAUGGAGAAACAAAGUUGGAUGCAGAGGAAGCCAUUGAGGUUGAUCAUUCGCACGAUUUGGACAUCUUUUAGUACAUUUUGAGGAAUAAGCCUCUCUAAGAUAACAUUGUAAUAAACCAUUUCUACUGAGAUUGCUUUAUUUUACUUUGCACUGAUAAACACAAAAAUCUGGAGAAAACUGUUGUCUUGUUUUAAAUAAAAUUGAGUAUGUGGGAAAUGAAUGUGAUAAGAACAUUUAAAACUUUCUCAUGUCUGACAAAAUACUUAAAAGUAUAUAGCAGAGGAUUUAAUUUCUGUCUGUUGCAUGUGCUAAUUAUUACUAGUUGAUAAUCAGUUUUGUCCAGGUCAAUAUAACAUAGCACUCAAAAGUUUAUUUUCUUUUUCUGAUUUAUCUUUGCACUGAAUUAUGAUUGGUUUCACAACAUUCCAUUAAAAGAUCCUAAGACAAAUUGUUAAGCUAUUACAAAUGCAUUCAAAUUUAGUUUUUCUGUGUUCUAAGAACUCUUAGGCAGUUUUAAUGAUAGAGACUAAAAAUAGGUUUAUACUAGUGGCUCUUCCCACUUACUUGUUUGUCCAGAAGUAAAUAAACAUCAGAAGCUUUUCAAAGAAGUAUCUGUUCUUAACUUUAUCUUUGUUUUGACCUCAGGCAUAUAUUAAAUACUGAAUAUGAUCUGUACCUGCAUAGUUACCAUAACAUUUAGAAAAUUCCCGGUGGCAGCCUGCCUAAGACUUUUACCUUAUGUUAAGAAGUUAGGUAUUAAAAAUGUUUCAUCUGCAUGAUGUUUAAAAUUAUUCAUUUUUAUUUAAGGAAAUAAAGUUAGUUUGCCUAAGAUGUUCCAAGAGUUGAUUAGAAUUUACAAAAUAGAUUAAGCAAAAAUACAUGGGAAGCAGUUAUUAACUGUUCUUUGCAGCAGUGUACUUGAAGUCAUUCAGUAGUUUCUGAAAUACAUGAUCAUUGAAGUUGGAGCUAAGUAUCUAGGCAGGGAAAGAAGAGGAAAAUGGUAAUGGGUUACUUUUUAUUCAUAAAGAAUGCAAAAAUAAAAUUGGAAUUCUGGCAGUC